CGUUUUUGGUCGAAUUACAUUUUAAAUAUCACUGCGCGCUCCCUCGCCAAACGAAAGAGCCGGAGGAGCUGAUAAACCGCUUCACCAUUAUCAGCCGGAGUCCACGUUACUCUUAAAUACCGGAGGAAAUAGCAGAAUGUCUGAAGAAAAGCCAAAGGAAGGAGUGAAGACGGAGAACGACCACAUUAACCUCAAGGUAGCUGGUCAGGAUGGCUCGGUUGUACAGUUCAAAAUUAAAAGGCACACUCCAUUAAGCAAGCUAAUGAAGGCAUACUGCGAAAGACAGGGAUUGUCAAUUCGGCAGAUAAGGUUUAGGUUUGAUGGACAACCAAUUAAUGAAACAGACACACCUGCACAGCUGGAGAUGGAGGAUGAAGACACUAUUGAUGUAUUUCAGCAACAGACGGGAGGAGUCUGUUAAGUGGAAAGAGUCAACACUUUUUUGUUUGUUUUUGGUUUUUUUCUCCCCUUUUCAAUUCAGUUUUCUUUUUCUAUUGGGUUUUUCGACUGUGCUUCCCUAAAUGAAAGACUUCACACACACAAAAAAAUAAAAAUAAUAAUAAUGAUAAUUUGGGGCCAAAUCCCAACUUUGAGUCUAGGUAACUUCUUAAUGUUGUAUUCACCAAAACUGAUUUGAAAUUCAUAAGGACAGAAUACAUCUCAUAUUAUGGCUUGUAAUGACGGGACCAUCGUGGGUUUUUGUGAUGUUCAGAUGUCUGAGUAAGCUAAAUGACAUUCUUUCUUUUCUGUUUCUUGAUAUUUGUUUAAUUUUUUCCAGAUAAUGGUAAGAAUUCAUAUUCAGGAUGGACUUGACUAUUUAAAUAUUCAUGUACUUAUGAGGAAUGCUGCUGGGAUAGUCAGUAGUGAUCUGUUCAUAGAUGGGAGAUUUUGUGACAUUAUUCUCAUGUAGCUUUUAGUCACAUUUUUAAAAGAACAUUUAGAAAUAAUCUGUCCAUGCACAGUUUAUCUUAAACAGAAGAAAUACUUGUGCUUGGAAAGCGUCAUAUGGAUGGUUUACCUCAAUACUGUUACCUUCAAAGUAGAUUUAUCUGACUGGUAGUACAGUAAGGUUCUUGGACCAAAAAUGCUAAAUGAAAAGGUUUCUUUUUAUAAAAGGGUUUGACUAAUAUAAAAAUGUAGAUGUAAAAGUUAUUGUAACUCAGUGGUUGGUGGUAUUGCACAGCAGAAAAACGGUUGUUUUCAUGUGUAAAGUUGAUUUUAUGCCUGUCCAGGACUUUAAAAGGGGGAAAACCUCUCACCUUUUAUCAGAGACAUUUUAUCUCAUCCAAGAUUAAGUAUUUCACUCAUUGUAUACAUGCAUACAUGACAUGUUGCCAAUUUGAAUAAGUUUGUAAAAAGUCUAUCCAAACAUUAACGUUGUUUUAUGCUUGUGUGUUGAUGGAACCUUUUUUUUGUUUUUGUUCAUUUUCACCUGCAUUUCAAAUUUAAACACUUUAGAUUUGCAUGGUGAUGUUGGCAAAUGUUCUUUUUCUUUAAUUUUUUUUUUUUUUUGUCCUUAUACUGUAUACAAUAAAUAUAGUUUGAUACUCA